AGAAAGAAGCAGAGAAAAAUGUAAACAAAAGAAAAUUUUAUCAAACAAGUGAAAAUCCGAUUUACGAUUACACAAAUAAUUUGUUUGCAAGUUAUCAGUUUUACUUUUGAAAAGACGUUUUUUUUGCUUCAGUGAGUAAUUUUUGUUUGAAUAUAUUGGCACAAUUCGAAUUCCAUAGCUGUCGUCGCUGCUGUUGUUUGGAUCUCAGACACUGCAGAAAAACAGACGGUUUAUACGGUUAAAAUGCUCAGGAAAUCUCUGCUGAACAUCGGACUGCGAGUGAGCCCUCAGCAGCAUGAAGGGAUUCACAGAGUGACAGCGGGACUGAAUCCAGGGAAUUAUGGGAACAUCCACCGCCGCGAUGUGUCCUCCACCCCCGCCACCGUGAUGGGAGACAACGUCAAAAUAAAAACUAUGGACGAAUUAGGCGGACCAAGUUUCAUGACUACCUUAAACUGGCUUUUUGUAAAGGGAUAUUUCCAAACGACGCAACAAUUACAAAUUGAGCACAGCAAGAUCUACGGUCCUCUGUGGAAGUCAAAGUACGGCCCACUGGUGGUGGUGAAUGUGGCCAGCGCCGAGCUGAUAGAGCAGGUGCUGAGGCAGGAGGGGAGACUCCCGGUCCGGUCAGACAUGCCCCACUGGAGGAGCUACAGAGAGCUCAGGAACCAGGCCCACGGACCCCUGACAGAAAUGGGAGCCAACUGGCAGCGCAUCCGCAGCAUCCUGAAUCCUCGGAUGUUGAAGCCCAAACACGUCUCCUCCUACGCUAACACCAUCAACGGGGUGGUGACAGACUUCCUCGACAGAGUGGCCUGCCUGAGGGAAACCAGCGGCCAGGGAGUUAUGGUCAAUGACCUGACUGGAGAACUCUACAAAUUUGCUUUUGAAGGGAUCUGUUCAGUGUUGUUUGAGACCCGUAUGGGCUGCAUGAACAAGGUGGUACCCGAGGAAACCCAGAAGUUCAUCUUCUCUGUGGGGGAAAUGUUUCGGCUCUCCCCUAUAAUCGUCCUCUUCCCCAAGGCCGUCUGGCCCUACGUGCCUUACUGGAAGCAGUUUGUGGCAGCCUGGGAUAAUCUCUUCAGAGUCGCUGAAGAGCUGGUGAAGCAAAAAAUGGAGGAGAUCCAGGGGAAGGUGAACGUGGACCAGAACGUGGAGGGGGCGUACCUCACACACCUGCUGCUCAGUGAUCAGAUGACGGUCACUGAGAUCCUGGGCAGCAUCACCGAACUCCUGCUGGCAGGAGUCGACACAACCUCCAACACUAUCUCGUGGGCUCUGUAUCUAAUGGCUCAGGAGCCAGAGAUCCAGGAACAAUUAUACCAGGAAGUGAUAAGUGUUUGCCCUGGGGACAAGGUGCCAAACAACGAUGACAUUGCUCAGAUGCCGUACCUGAAGGCCGUCAUCAGAGAGACUCUACGGCUGUAUCCAGUGGUACCAGGAAACGCCCGUGUCACUGUUGAAAACGAGAUUGUGGUUGGAAAUCAUCUCUUCCCCAAAAACACGCUGUUCCACCUGUGCCACUAUGCUGUGUCCUAUGAUGAGAAUAUUUUCCCCGACCCCCACGCCUUCCUGCCACAGCGCUGGCUUCGAGGAGCGGAGGAGAAGUCCAAGCACCACCCGUUCGGGUCAGUGCCAUUCGGUUUUGGGAUCCGGGCGUGUCUGGGCAGACGGGUGGCUGAGCUGGAGAUGUAUCUCCUCCUAUCCAGGUUGAUAAAAAACUACGAGAUAAGGCCGGAUCCUGCUGGAACCACUGUCAAGCCGGUCACCAGAACCCUGCUUUGCCCUGCUAAACCAAUCAACCUGCAGUUUCUGGACAGACAAGUUGAGCAGGAGCAGCUGAGAACAGCAGCAGGAGUUUCUCUGUGAGCUGUUUUAGUAUUCACACUGUGUUGCCUGCCUGUCACCAAGCACUUGUUUAUAGAGCGUUCACAUAAUGAGGACUGGCUGGAAUGCACCGAAACUGUGGCAUAAAAAUACAAGCUGAAUGAAGAUGUGAUUGGUUGUCUAGUAAAGAGUAUAAUGCUGUAUGUAUAGCCUUUGAUUGUUGUUUCAUGGAAAUAUGAAUACUUUAUGAUUUAUUUAGUUAUAGUUCCAGAAAUGUUGUGUCACAUGUUUUUUCAGUUGUUAGGGCUAUCAGCACGGCUGACUGGUUCUUUACUGUCUGGAGUUUGCAUGUUCUCCUCAUGUUUGUGUGUGUGUUCUCUUUAGUUUCCCCAACACCAACAUACAUACAUGUAACUCCUACAGGACAAGUCUUGUGUUAUUCAAUAUAUUUUUCUUGACGUCACAAAUCCCAUGAACAGAUCAAAGCCAACAAUGUGUCUGAUUUUCAAAACUUGCAGACUUUCAGUCCCAAAGGUUAUCCUUUAAAAACCUGUCCAUAAAAUAUAGUUUAAAUGGGUUAUGGGUUAUAUGUUGCAGAUAUACACUUAAGGUACACUUGUUCUAAUUUACAGCAGCAGGACAGUUUAUGUGGGAUUGAUAAAAAUGACCCCAUUAAUCCACAGUGAGUGUGUUUAUGGUAAAGAAGGAACAUGUCACCCAGUGCAACAGUGUGCUUCAGUGAUGUGUUUUUAAUAGUUUUCAGACAACAAUGGAGCUCUAUGGCACAGAGGAAUAAGAUAUAUCAAAUUUGGGAUACACAGACAAUAGUAGGAUCAUUUCAUUGUAGGUGUUAUUCUGUUCAUGGGAUUUGUUUAAAAUAAGAAAAUUAUUGAAUACAGUUAGCCUUAUCCUUUUUUAAAAAGCACUCAGAGCUGUAGUUGGUCCAUCAGCACUUGGCGGGCUGCUCCUAAAAGUUGGUAAUUCUAGAAUGUAUAAUCAGAUUUUUGUAAAAAUGUUUGCAUCACCAAUUGCAGUGCUUUUCCCCCCCUUUUCAGUCAUCAAAAACUACUAUUUUUACUGUACAUAUCAAAAAAAAAUCUCCAGAUCGUUAGUUUUGAGGAAACUAAAAUAGAAAAUAAAAGCAUUGGUCAGUGAGUUGGAAUUUUAACUUGCAAAUACAGGUUUUUUGUUCGACAGAGAUUUAGUAAGUGUUUCUUGUACAUAGAGAAAUGUAUUUUUAAGUUUUAAGAGUGUUUAGAAUUGUGAUUCAAUUUAUGAUUCAAAUUCCCAGUUUGCUAUGUGUGCAGUAUAAUAUUUCAUAUGUCUCAGUGGGUUGAAAAGACACAUCAAUUUCUAAGCCAGCACAUGCUCUCUAAAGAGGUUAACAAGCAUUUUGUGAGAAAAAAGGGGUGAAUCACGCACAAAUUGCAACAGAAAAUCUGACAAAUGUUUAUUACUCAUUCAAGUCUCCUCUAUAACAUAUAAAAGUCCUAAGAGAUCCAAGUGCUGGAAAGUAUUGAAAAAUACAGAAAUCGGUUAUGUCACAAUUUCCCAUUGCAGCCCAUUUUAAGGGGAGACACUAAGUGUGAAUAGGGAAAAUAUUUUAACUUACAGAUAUCACCAUGUAACUUUUACAGUUGAUUACUUACAUUAAAGUGCACAUAUUAUGCUUUU